GGUUAAUCCUUCCCAUCGUAUAAAUAUUGGAGGGGCCUUAGUUUAUAAUCAUGCAAGGCGAGAUAAUGUGGACGCUAAUCUUUGCACUCGUGAGUUUAACCGCCGCCACGGUUACAGCGAAUAAUAGUGAUUCUUCUAACUACUACGGGCAGACCAAGGCGGCUGAUCUGAAGGAGGAGAAAGUGACACAUCUCCGCUUCUACCUCCAUGAUAUCAUCAGUGGCAAAAACCCGAGCGCCGUGAGAAUCGCACAUGCAAAUCUCACAGGAGGCAGCGCAGAUUCGGCGGUGGGAUUCGGAAGCCUGUUCGCGAUGGACGAUCCGCUGACGGUGGGCCCAGGGAAAGAUUCAAAGGUGAUCGGAAACGGGCGUGGAAUGUACGUAUCGGGGAGCAAAGACAUAAGUAAGUUCACGAUCGUGAUGUACGCUGAUUUGGCGUUCACGACGGGGAAGUUCAAUGGAAGCUCGAUAAGCGUGUUCUCGAGGAAUCCGGUGGCGGAAGAGGCGGGAGAGAGAGAGGUAGGGAUUGUGGGAGGACGUGGCGCCUUCAGAAUGGCCAGAGGAUUCAUCCAAAUCAAAACGCAUCACAUCGACAUGAACACUGGCGAUGCUGUUCUCCGUUACCAUGCUACUGUUUUCCAUUAUUAAACCCCCCCCCCCCCCC